UAUGCGUGGGGUUGAACUCCUCAGCCUUACGCAGUUCUCGAACAUUUGUGCAACCUGCGCGAUUGCCGAAGCUCCAUUCCGAGCCGAGGCCGCCUCCCUGCCUCGAUUGCAUUGAGUAUUUACAUACAUGCUGGCCCAGUCUCUUCUCUAUUCAGUUGGCGGUCGUGCAUGCAAUGCCAAGGCUCGUCAACAUCGCCAACAACGCUGGACUCGUGUCGAAACUCGUUAACCCUCGCCUCUCCAAAAUGCCGGCCUUUACUCUCUUUGGCGCUCGCGGUUCCACCAACACCGAUCGCGUCCGCCUAACUCUUGCCGAAGGCAGCUUUACGGAUUACGAAAUCGUGCUUCUCGACCUGCAAAAGGGGGAACAGAAGUCAGACCAACAUAUGAAGCGCCACCCGUGGGGCAAAGUGCCAGUCAUCGUUUUCCCCGAGGGCUUCACCCUCUACGAGAGUCGCGCAAUCUGCAAAUACCUCGCGAGGAAGUACUCGUUUCCACUCCUGCCCCCGGACUCUGACGUCGAAGCCGUCGCCCUGUUUGACCAGGCGCAGUCCGCAGAAAUACUCUACUUCGCCGACUCUGCAGGCAAAAUCGCAUUUGAGAAAUUUGCCAAGAGGUUCAUGGGGCUGCCCCCCAAUGAAGCCGUUGUCGCAGAUGCGCUACGGUCGAUCAACGCGUUUUUCGACGUGGCAGAAGGCCUCUUGCAACACAACGACUACAUGGCUGGAAAAGACUUCACACUCGCAGACAUCUACUACAUCCCCCUAAUCCAGAGGCUCUUUGCGUGUGGGUAUGGAGACGUCAUCCUCGGUCGCAAAGCUGUCGGCGCUUGGUGGGACCGCUGCAUCAAUAGGCCCGGCAUACAGAUAGUGUUGGCGGCGGACAGAGAGGCUUUGGCUGCUGCUCGCAGAUAGGUUGGGAUCAAUCAGAGUUGCUUCAAUUUGUGAUGCAUGGCUGCAAGAUGAUAGAUCAUGCCAGAAAAUAAGAGGGCAUCUCCCUCGUUUAUAAAUGAUUCUCUAUUCUGCUGUCGCCCCUGUACUGUCCCAUAGACCGCCAUCAAGAGCCGUCGUCAA